AUGCCACCUUACAUCGAAAUGAGCAUCAACCAUGAAGUCGAUGACCGUAGUGACGGGGCCCCGUCAGACGGCGACGACACACACGACGAUGACUCUUGGAGCCCUCUCGACUCUAUCGUCAGAAGCAAGACCUUCGACUUAGCUCUUCGUGGCAACUACACAGAUUGGAGUCCCAAAGCAGCCUUUCGCGAGUUGGUUCAGAACUGGCGUGACGGGAUUAUCGAGUCGAACGACAUGUCCCCAGCGGACUUUUGCGUUUACCGCGAAGAGGCUUCCGCCGGCCGUACCACCGAGAUCGUUUUCAAAGCCUUCGAGCGCGGUGCCGACCGCAGCGAUGUCAACCAAUGCCGAGGAUUCAUUCGAUUCAUUGGCCACGAUGGCGCUGGCACUGUCGAAAUAACAAACCGGAAAGCUACACUGCAACCCUGGCAUCUCCAGAUUGGCGGUACGAGCAAACGGGGAGCCGAGGACCAGGCCGGAGCUCAUGGUGAGGGCCUCAAGCUGGCCGCCCUGGUCUUCCUGCGCAGCCUCCAGAACAAUCACUUGAGAUGUCAGUCAACCGGCUUCAAUUGGAAUUUCAAUUUCAAAAAUAACUGCCUUGUCGUCUCGGCACACCGCAUCAACAUGGCUCGCAAAGAGGCUCGGCGGCCACGGAAGAGUACCUUCAAGAUUGCCACGCCUGAAGUGGUGGCAGACAAAGAUGUCCAGUUUGUCAUAGGAGAAAGCCGGGGAGGACGAGAUGAGACAGGUUCUCAAGUCAAACGCGGCCCAGUCCAGCAGACAGCCUUCGAGUCUUGGACAAAAGCUGCAUUGUUUCUCACUCGGGUCGACAAUGAGGAUACCGGAAUUAUUUCUACCUACCAUGGCGAUCUUCUUACGGCUGAGAACCUGCGCGGCAACAUUUACCUUAAAGGCCUUCUCUUGUCAGAAGGAACCGAUUCUCGAUCGGCGAGCAUCACAGGAUUUCCUCUCCGGUUCGGCUAUAACUUCGCGGGUGGACAGACUAACCGCGAGAGAGAAUCGGUGAAUACUACAUCUGAGGAGUCAAGGGCCAUGUGUCAAAUCUUGAGCGCCGCAAUGAAGGCAAAGCCUGACAUUAUUGGAGACUUUGUCGACAUCCUCAACACUACCGAGAGCUACUAUGCUGAUGUUGCAUGUGCCGAGAAACAUUGGCCUAGAGAAGUUGGCCUCUUCAUCAGAGGCUAUCUCUUGAGGGGGGAAUUCGCUGACCGCUGGUUUUACAGCAGCGAGCAUAUGAACAAGAGCCCGAGGCUUCGGCAAGCCAUCGAAGGCAUUGGGCGAAAACCGUAUGAGGUAUCCAAGAAGUGUUGGGACAUCCUUGAGAAAAAGAACCUCGUCCGCACUGCCGAGGAAGAAGCCCUCCGGCGCUUUAAAGAUGCCAAGAAAGUGCCGUCUCUCAACAUCAGUUUUGGGCUUUCGGUGUACCGUCUUCUCCAGGCCUGUAUCCGGGCCUGCCCCCAAGCUCCCAACACGCAGGUCCGAUUUAUGCGAGCCGGCCAACUCCAUAUUGAUGUCGCAAUCUCGGAGGACAAGCGGUUGCUCCUUGUUCACGAGCUAUGGCUUUCUAUGAAAGACGCGGUCAAAGAGCUGGGCCUUUCCGGUAAGAUGGCAGAGGACAAAGUCGUCAUAUUCACCGUCAAGAAUCUAUUCGCCGACGUGCUGCAACAGCUGCCGCGGGAUGCCUUCCAACAGGAACGCAGCGUAAGGUCGUCUGAGUGGCAUAUGAAGCAGGAGAUCAAUCGAGCCGAGGAGAGACUGGUCAACAGACAGGAGAUGGAAGUGCGCGUUUUUAACACGAGUGAAAAUGGGCGCUCUGGACUCCGUGUGGGAUGGGCUGUCAACGCCCGACCACAAGAUGACAAUGUCAUGAUUGAGGUUCAGUGUCACCUUACCUCUCGAUGCUCCGGCCUUCGGAAUAAUUUGUCGAUUGCUGGCGAUUUGCCAGCUGAGGGAAAAGAAAUGCCGUGCUUUCCUGAAGCGGUUCGCCAGAGCCGGCCGCCAACUUGUCGCGUCCGCCGGGUCCCUUUUCAGCAAGGAGCACACUGCGAGUCUGGUCUUGAGGAAGGCGAGGAAUACUUCUUUGUCUUGGUGACGCCGACAGACCCCAACUCAUUCGUCAGCAUGUCUGACAACGUGCGCGUGGUUGCGCAAUCCGGCGUUGAGCAAGCCAUCGCUGUUUCUGGUGCAUCGCAUCAGCCUAGCCCCAAAAUUACACCUGAAAAGUUCUCGCUUGAGUCCCGUCUGGACACGCUAGAUCUAUUGGCGGUCGAUACCGGCAGAUUGUACAAAGCUGGCAAUUCGAAGAACGUUCAGGCGUUUAUUGGUUUCAUGAAAGGAGAGCCGAGUUUCCAAGAGGAGUCGAGGAAGCGCCGCAGAGUGGAUUGA